CGGCCACCUCAGCAGAGCUGCAGGAUUUCCGCAGGGUGAGGGCUGCUGUCGCCCGGAAGAAAAGACGCCUGCAGCAGAUGUCUCGUGAUUACCUCGGGAGCUCGGUUUCGCCAGUUGACACUGGAAGAAAGAAGGAUCUAGCGAAACAUGGCUACGGAGGGCCCUGCCACGCGUCGAGUCCGAGUGGCAGAACAUCCCAGAUUGAUGAAGCUAAAGGAAAUGUUUAACUCUAAGUUUGGAUCCAUUCCCAAGUUUUAUGUUCGAGCACCAGGAAGAGUCAACAUAAUAGGAGAACAUAUAGAUUAUUGUGGGUAUUCUGUUCUUCCUAUGGCUGUAGAACAAGAUAUGUUAAUAGCGGUGGAACCUGUGGAAACACAAACUCUUCAACUAGCCAACACAAAUCCCUUGUACCCGGACUUCAGUACUAAUGCUAAUAAUAUUCAGAUUGACAAAACCAAGCCUCUGUGGCACAACUAUUUCCUAUGUGGAUUUAAAGGAAUUCAGGAGCACUUUGGUCUUAGCAACCUGACUGGAAUGAAUUGUUUGGUGGAUGGAAACAUCCCACCGAGUUCUGGUCUCUCUAGCUCCAGUGCUUUGGUGUGUUGUGCUGGCUUGGUGACUGUCACGGUGCUGGGAAUGAACCUAUCCAAGGUGGAACUUGCGGAAAUCUGUGCCAAGAGCGAGCGUUAUAUUGGCACUGAAGGAGGAGGGAUGGACCAGUCCAUAUCAUUUCUUGCAGAAGAAGGAACUGCCAAGUUGAUAGAAUUUAGUCCUCUGAGGGCAACUGAUGUGAAACUCCCAAGUGGAGCAGUGUUUGUGAUUGCCAACAGUUGUGUGGAAAUGAAUAAGGCAGCGACUUCACACUUCAAUAUCAGAGUGAUGGAGUGUCGGCUGGCUGCAAAGCUCCUGGCAAAGUACAAAGGCUUGCAAUGGGAUAAAAUACUGCGGCUAGAGGAGGUGCAGGCCAAACUAGGGGUCAGUCUGGAAGAAAUGCUCGGGAUCGUGGAAGACGCCCUUCACCCUUCACCCUAUAGCCCUGAGGAGGUCUGCAGGUGUUUGGGAAUUAGCCUGCAGGAGCUUCGAACCCAAGUUCUGAGUCCAAACACUCAAAAUGCAUUUUGUGGGAAGACAACAAUAAAACAAAUGCUAAAGUGUGAUACUUCUUUCUCAGUGCUCAUCUUCAAACUCUACCAGCGGGCAAAGCACGUGUACAGCGAGGCUGCUCGGGUGCUCCAGUUUAAGAAGAUAUGUGAAGAAGCACCUGACAACACGGUCCAGCUGCUGGGGGACUUAAUGAACCAGAGCCACGUGAGCUGCCGGGACAUGUACGAGUGCAGCUGCCCUGAACUGGACCAGCUGGUGGACAUCUGUCGCUGUUAUGGAACCUGGUCGGAUCACCCGGCAGAAGAACCAACCGGCCCAUGGCGAUCUUGGAAGGCAGGUGAUUUAUUUUACACCAGCAGGCUCAGAGGAGAUCACUCUCCUGAGGUCUGAGUCCCAAGCUUAAGCAGAGGGAACAAUUUAUAGUUUGUUACUUCCGCAUUCCCCAUUAGUAGUAAUUUUGUGCGCUGGGCAAGUGGGAUAGGAAGAAGAACCCGGAAGGGGAAUUUCCCUAGCAGUCCUGUCGGCCAUCUUAUAACAGAUUUUUCCCGAUCACAACAAUGUCCCAUUGCAUAAAACAUAUCUGAGCGCUUCUUGCAAAUUGCUGUGACUGUUCUACAUUCUUCUGUAUAUUCUCAGUGAUGAGAAAUCCCAUCCCAUACAGAUGUGAUUUGGGGGAACUUGUAAACGUCACCUGGGAUCAGAUCUUCUAAUUUAGGUAUUGUGAAGGGGAAAUUUGAGUGAUAAGAUUUUUCGUGAAAAGUGAGAUAAAGAUUCUAAAGUAAUAGGCUAGAUUUUCUCAUGUGACUGGGAAACUGGCUUUUUAACUUUGAUUUUAUUUAUUUAAGGUUUUAAGUAAUUGCUACACCCGACAUGGGGCUCAAACUCACAACCCUGAGAUCAAGAGUUGCAAGCUCCAUUAACACACAGCCAGGUGC